AUGAAUCUGUCAUCUUUGGUAGGACAACUGACGACUUCUCCCAAAUGGGGUGAUUUUGCAGCUGAGGUGCUCGAACAUGGUCCAAACCCCAGAAAUGGUACAAAAUCCGACGAAGCUCAUCCACCCAUUCAUCCUCUGAAACAUGUUCCAGACGGCACACUACAAGGAAACGAUUGGCGAGUGUACGAGUUAAUUGUACGUCACUUCUUGGCGUGUGUCUCAUGGGAUGCUAAGGGUCGAGAGACACGAGUUCGGAUGAGAAUUGGAGGAGAGACGUUUCACGCCACUGGCCUCUGUGUUCAGGACCUAGGCUACUUACGAGUGUAUAUCUAUGACAAAUGGAGUAAUAAAGUGAUUCCAACAUACCUGGAAGGAGAAACACUCAUUGAUUAUCGUCUUCGUAUAGCAGAUGGACAAACGCAACCACCUGAAUUACUCAACGAAGCCGAUUUGAUUGCUCUCAUGGACAAGUACGGUAUCGGUACAGACGCGACGCAUGCUGAACAUAUAGAGAAGAUUAAGACAAGACAGUAUGUGGGUGUUCGUGAAGAUGGACGUUUCCUUCCUGGAUUUCUCGGUCUCGCUCUUGUCGAUGGUUAUGACGCUACGGGUUUGUUUGAAAAAUAUGCAAAUUGA